UUUACAACGACCCCAGCUUCAGUUUUCUGAAAUCAACAUUAACUUUGAAACGGGUUUAUUCAAGAAAACAUCUCCUCCAGCAUGUCGGAUCCCAGUCAUUGCUCUGCGGUGCCAAGUCAGAACAAGUCACAUUUUGUUCCCGGAGCGUUGCUGAAGCGCUCAAAAAGCUGUCGCAGCAGCAACAGGAAGAGCCUCGGCGUUGGGACACCAUCACCCACGCUUUCCCGGCCACUUUCUCCGCUCUCUCUCCACACUGCUGCAAGCAGCCCUCUAGACAGCCCCCGAAAUGUGUCGACCAGCACCUGCCUCAACUUUCCAUUUGCCCGGAGAGCUGAAGGCCGGAGAUGGUCCCUGGCAUCCCUCCCCUCAUCUGGCUAUGGCACCAAUCCGCCGAGCUCCACUGUCUCAUCCUCCUCGUCCUCCCAGGAGCGUCUUCACCAGCUUCCCUACCAGCCGACACAAGAUGAGCUGCACUUCCUUUUCAAACACUUCCGUAGCACAGACAGCAUGACCGACGAGGAUGGACGACCCUCGACUGUCAUGCGACCUCGGUCUCGGAGCCUCAGCCCCGGGCGUUCGAACGUUUCUUUCGAUAACGAAAUAGUCAUGAUGAACCAUGUUUACAAAGAGCGUUUUCCAAAGGCCACAGCCCAGAUGGAGGAGCGCUUGUUGGAGAUCGUCACCCACUGCUCUCCAGACAGCUCUCUCCCGCUGGCUGACGGGGUUCUGGGCUUCAUCCAGCACCAGUUGGUCGAGCUGGUCAGAGACUGUCUGGACAAGUCCCAGAAAGGCCUUGUUACUUCCCGUUACUUUGCUGAGCUGCAGGAGAAGCUGGAGAAGCUGCUCCAUGAGGCCUACGAGCGCUCUGAAAGCGAGGAAGUAACUGUCAUCACCCAGCUGGUGAGGAAGAUCCUCAUCAUAAUCUCUCGGCCGGCUCGCCUCCUUGAGUGUUUGGAGUUUGAUCCAGAAGAGUUUUAUCACUUACUCGAGGCAGCAGAGGGUCACGCCAAAGUCGGCCAGGGAAUCAAGACAGACAUCCCGCGGUACAUCAUCAGCCAGCUUGGUCUGACGAGGGACCUGUUGGAAGACAUGGUACAGCUCGAACAGUACGAUGCCGGUCCUUCAGUGUCAGUCGAACCAGAGGCCAACGUGGAGAAUAAGGCCCCACAGACGCUGACGCCAACUCGAAGGAAACCUCUUGAAAGUGAUUUUGAGACCAUCAAGCUCAUCAGUAAUGGAGCUUACGGGGCUGUGCAUCUGGUCCGCCACAAGGAGACUCGCCAACGGUUUGCCAUGAAAAAGAUAAAUCGCCAGAACCUGGUCCUGAGGAACCAGAUCCAGCAGGCGUUCGUGGAGCGGGACAUCCUAACCUUUGCUGAGAACCCAUUUGUUGUCUCCAUGUUCUGCUCCUUUGAGACACGACGUCACCUCUGCAUGGUCAUGGAGUAUGUAGAAGGCGGUGAUUGCGCAAACUUGCUCAAGAACAUGGGUCCACUGCCUGUGGAAAUGACAAGGAUGUACUUUGCUGAAACAGUCCUGGCCCUGGAGUACCUUCACAACUAUGGCAUUGUGCAUCGUGAUCUCAAACCUGACAAUUUAUUAAUAACAUCCAUGGGCCACAUCAAGUUGACGGACUUUGGCUUGUCUAAAAUCGGCUUGAUGAACAUGACCACCAACCUGUACGAGGGUCACAUGGAGAAGGACACAAGAGAGUUUGUUGACAAACAGGUGUGUGGCACUCCAGAGUACAUCGCCCCAGAGGUGAUCCUCAGGCAGGGCUACGGAAAGCCUGUGGACUGGUGGGCGAUGGGGAUCAUCCUCUAUGAGUUCCUGGUCGGCUGUGUCCCGUUCUUUGGAGACACUCCUGAAGAGCUUUUUGGCCAAGUUGUCAGUGAUGAAAUAAUUUGGCCUGAAGGAGACGAUGCUUUACCUGCUGAUGCCCAAGAUGUGAUCACCCGCCUGCUGAGACAGAGUCCCCUAGACCGACUGGGAACUGGCGGAGCCUCAGAGGUCAAACAGCACCCUUUCUUCCUGGGUUUGGACUGGAAUGGACUCCUGCGGCAGAAAGCUGAAUUCAUCCCUCAGCUGGACGCAGAGGACGACACCAGCUACUUCGACACUCGAUCAGAACGCUAUCAUCAUAUGGCGUCUGACGAGGAUGAGGAAACCAAUGAUGAAGAGUCUUCCUUGGAAAUCAGACAGUUUGCUUCCUGGUCGCAUCGCUUCAGCAAGGUUUACAGCAGCACAGAACAUCUGGCGACACCUUCCAACCUGAGUUUCUCCUCCGACCGCAGCCACAGUGAGGACAAAGAGGACCGCGGGGACAUGGGAGGACUCAGUCUCUCCCCAAGCCCAGCAGAGGGCAGUGUGGAGCGCAGACACGCUGGACGCAUGGCCAGCCUUCGCCCUCGGGCCUCCUCCAGCUCCUCCCAGUCUGAGAGGAGCACCAGCCCUCUGGUGAUGAGCAGCACCCACAGCCUGGAGACGAUGCCCCGUUUUGCCCUCUCCACUGAUGAUGAAGCUGAGGUGGCUGUGUCAAACCUUCGGAGGAUCAGGAUUCGCAGCAACAGCACCGGGGCCAAGCAUUCAUCCCCCAAGGAACCGGCCGGCCCACGACGCUUCGGUAACCAGCUGGAGACACCGGACAGACAGAGGCUUCCCUGCGGAGGGAAGGUUCCCAAGUCAGCCUCCGUCUCAGCCCUGUCUCUCAUCAUCACUACAGAUGACUCGCCUGGUGGCCUCCAGCCCAGUCCCAUUUCCCCACGCUCGCUGUCCUCCAACCCCUCAUCUCGUGACUCCUCGCCCAGCAGGGACCUGUCCCUCUGCUCUGGCAGCCUGAGGCCGCCCAUCAUCAUCCACACCUCAGGGAAGAAGUUCGGCUUCACUCUGCAGGCCAUCCGCGUCUACAUGGGCGACAGCGACGUCUACACAGUGCAUCACAUGGUGUCGAGUGUGGAGGAGGGCAGCCCGGCGCACCAGGCAGGUCUCCGCACUGGAGACCUCAUCACCCACAUGAACGGAGAGUCUGUCCAAGGCCUGGUCCACCCUGAAAUGAUAGAACUGCUACUGAAGAGCGGCAGCAAGGUGGCGCUUCAGACCAUAGCACUUGAGAACACGUCAAUCAAAGUUGGUCCAGCUCGAAAGACCAAACACAAAGGCAAAAUGGCUCGUCGCAGCAAGAAGAGCAAGAGGAGAGAUAAUUACGACAGGCGACGAAGCAUCUUGAAGAAGCUGUCCAAGCAGAGCACAGUGAUGCACAGCAGCCGCAGCUUCUCUUCAGGUCUCCAUCACUCGGUUUCCUCCAGCGAGAGUCUCCCAGGCUCCCCGACGCACAGCCUCUCGCCCGGCCCCUCCACACCCUGCCGGAGCCCUGCACCCGACCAUCAGGCCUUUGAAAAUAACUCUCCCCAGAGCACGUCUCCAUGCUCCAGCUCUCCCAGUUCUCCUGCCGCCCACAUCCGGCCGAGCUCGCUCCACGGCCUGGGAUCCAAACUCAGCACACAGCGCUACAACAAGGUGGGCCGCCGGAAGUCAACCAGCAACAUCCCUCCCUCGCCUUUGGCCUGCAACUCAUCCUCCACCCAGCCCCUCUCUCCACAGCGCUCUCCCUCCCCACUGCCUGGCUUCGCUAAAAGCCUUCACACUUAUCAUGGCAAAACCCUGUCACCACCCACCAUUGUUAGACACAUUGUCCGUCCCCGCAGCGCUGAGCCACCCCGAUCUCCUCUUCUGAAGAGGGUGCAGUCAGCUGAGAAGCUGUCUGGGGUGUAUCAUGCAGAUAAGAAGUCGUACGCCCCACGCAGGCACACACUGGAAGUGCCGUUUUAUGGUGAGGGUGAUCUACUUGGUGACUCUGAGGCUGAGGGCGCCUGUGGAGGCUCCUACAUCGGGGUUGAUCACAGCAGGUUGGUGGGCUACAUCAGCAGCCAGAGGAUGAGGGACCCUGGGAUUGAACGAUCUGAGCAGCUGGUCGUGAUGAGAAAGCUCAACCUGUCAGAGCGGCGAGACUCCUUUAAGAAGCAGGAGGCCGUGCAGGAGGUGAGUUUUGACGAGCCGGAGGAGAAAACCAGCACCACGGUUACAGUUACCACCACAGCAGCUGGAGCCCAAACACAACCUCAGCAGCUGCAGCAGCACAGGACGGCCUGGAUGGUCACUGGACCCCAAACAAGCGAGGAGGUGGAGCUGGAAGUGCCGGUGGUGAGGAGGUUCACUCUGGUGCCCCAGAUCGCUGUGCAGGGCUCAACGGAGAGCGAGGAGCAGGACGAGUGGGAGCCAUGUUCAGACAGCGAGGAAACAACAGACAAACCUGAGCUCGACAUCGGUGUCACUUCAUCUCAGCAGGAACGGGCAGGAUGUCCCCUCACUGACAACAGCUGCAGUCAGGCAGCAGAAACCACUUCCGCUGUCCCUCGAAUUGGACCAUCAACAGAGUGCAGAGAGGAAACUCCACAAAAAGGGAAUCUGAGAAAGUGACAGUUCACCACUGCACUUGUUUCAACUGCUCAUUUCUUUUCUUUCAAGUCUUUCAAGUGUAACUCUGAGGGAGAACUCCCAGGUGUUUUUUAGUCUAAGCCAGACGAACUGGAAGCUGGAAACUCAUUUACUUACCUGUCUGGUUUAAAGAGAGUGGGAGAAGAUUUUACUUGAAUUUCUUUUUUUUUUUUUAUUGUUAAUACUUGCCUCAAGGAUUUGCAGGAGUUCUGGUCGUAUUUAUUACAUUUGUAAACUAUGAUGAGUUAAUAACAGGUAAAGAGGGAAGUUGUCAUUGGUUGAGUAGCCAAAGCUCAACAUUUUUGUAUUCAUGAAAUGUGGUUUUAUGUCUUUUGACUGGAUUUUUUUUCUAUAAAUGUCUAUUUUUUAAAUAAACCGUUGUGGUACACAUUAGUCUGAUAAUGCUGGGCAUAACUGUUGCAGGACCAAAAGGUACGAGAAGUCAUUUUUAGAAACUUUUUUUUUUUCCCUCAGUGUCUGUUUAAAUUUGAACAGUGCAGCUUUCAGUAGUGCAAUACUGCUACAGUAUAAUCUUGAUGUCCACAAAACUAAGAAUGAACUUCAGUUAACACUAUGAGCAACAUGUGUCAUUAUCUACAGCACACAACUGCAAUUUGCAUGCUCUGCAUAGAUUUUGUGCUACUUUUCUUCAACCUACCAUCGCACUACAUCCUUCAGAACAAGGGUUAACACAAAAGCUACUAGGCACAAAUUAGGCUGCAGUAAAAAAAAAAUAUAUAUAUAUAUUCAAGCUUGAAAAUUGUACAAAACUGGGAAGCUUUGCACAGCCUGAAUUCUUCCAUUCUGCACUUGUCACACAGAUCAGUUGUCCACAUAACAUCAUAUUUGUAGGGAGAAAGAAGUGCUAAGUUAUGGUUGUCUAACAGAAGACGUUUCUCUUGACAACCUCAUCAGCUUUGUAAGAAAUAAAAGUACUCCCUCUGACUCGUUCGUCAUGUCCGCAGCACUGUUUUUCAUAAAUGUGGAACCAGUCAGUGCAGGGUUAUAUCGCAUACCACCUGGGUGCGACUUUAAAGCGCGGGCUGUUUUUGCAGACAUUUUGAAGCCGACUCAAGAAGGAUGUUAUGUGCCAUGACAUUUGUGCAGUGUCCUCUAAGCCAUAUCUUUGAAAAGAGAAAUGUCCAUUUAAAUCAUUUGUGUUGCUUGUAAUUUCAACCCAACAUGAAGACUUUUCUAGGAAUCUUGUUUGUUCCUGCUAGGUGUCACAGUUUCAACAACAUCUCCUGAAAAAUGAAGUUCAGUACUAAGCUCUGGAUGUUGUACACAAAUGUUUGUGGCUACUUGAUGUAAAGUUAAUGUAAUCCCGUGUCACAGACGUAUGACAAAUAGUUAUUCCUGCUCACUGCUCAUCUGUGAACACAGAUACAGCAUGACUCUGCAUCUUGCUGUGAUAACUUGUUCUACUCAAAGCAUGCAUCUUGCAGGAAAAAAACACUGAGCAGCCAAACUCCAUCUUCACAGCCUGGAGGGAAUCACAGGAACAUGUUUUUGUUUGUGAAAAACAUUUUGAUAUUUAUUUUUUGAACUCGCGUAAAGCGACUACAUAUUUUGAACCUGGAAAGUGUUGCACCCUCGUGUAUUUUUGGAGUAUUUUUUUUCCUCAAACUGUUGUGUUAGUCUUUGUUUUUUCUCAUGAGCAUGUGAGAGACACCAUGCCUAAAAUGACCUGUCCCUACUCAAUUUACUGUGUAGUGAUGUUUACAUUGGGGAGAAGUGCACUAAUGUAUUUUGACAUAGCUUUUGUAACUGAAUGUUGAAGAGGGACACAUCUACAAUGAAUCCAAACCCAGGGCUUCUUUGAACAAAUGUUUUAUGUGUUUGUAUUGUAGAAAUAUUGCUGUAUAUUUUGAUAACAAGUUUGUGUGUAAUUCCAGAUGUGUUGAAGGACAAGAUUAUGCACAAUGACAAUGAUAAUUUCUGGCACCAGGAUUUUUAAAUCUGACUUGAGGUAAUGGGCUCUUUUUACCAAAACACCGGGCUGUAGGUGCGUCACAUUUUUCCACUACAGAAAUGGAGUUUAAGGUUGAUUGUCUUAUUUGUCAGUGGCUGUUGCUAGCCGACUUUCUCUUGGGUCUUCUGUUUAUAUAGCAUCAGAUUUGUUGAUGUGUCUCUUAUGACCCUCUUCCUCAAAAUAGUCUUUGAAUCUCGUGAUGACGACCUCACAAGGUCCUGUCAUUGUGUGAGCGAACAGCACGGACAGAUCCCUGAAUGGUUCAGUUAUUUUUGCAGUCUGACAGAAUUGUUUACAAUGAACAAACAUGCUAUGUACUGUACAAACAUUUUAUAUCCUGUGUCUGUAUAUGAUGAAGCUACCCUCUUUGAUACCAUGGAAGAAGACUACACUGAAACUAUUCUUGAGGAUUAAUUUAGCACCAACCUGAGAAUCAUUCAGCGAAUUUACAUGCACUUGAGUAACAGAGUUAUCAUCGGUUUUUUGAAAUUACCUGGGUUCUUCUAGAGAAACUUACUGUAUUUUCAUGAAUAUGUAAAUAUGUAAACAGGUUUGUAAUGUAUUUUUUACAUGUGCACAUUUGAAUGAGAAAGAUGUCUUACAAGGAAAUUAAUGCUGAAGGAGGAUGAAUACAGAAAUAUCUUUAGCAUUCAUUUAUCUAAAAUAAUUGGAUACAAGUCAAGCAAACUAAAACCACAUACUUAAUACUAUUUGUACAGUUCAAACUGGGACAAACUGUAAUUAAAAUGCUACAUGGUUAAAGGAUAAAUCACUAAGACCAGUAGUAAUAUACCUGUAUUACUUUUAAAAUAAUAUUCCUGAUUCAUUCAGCUGCACGUGGACAUCUUUUUUGCACUGUGUUCAUACCUGAUUUCCCUAAAUAACCUGGUUUCUCUUGUGAAUGUAAAUGUAGCUGCUGCUGUGAUCACUACUGGUUGAAAGUGUCAUGUCACAGUAGUGAGAGGUGGAAGCUUCAACCACUGGAGGUCAGCUCAAGCAACACUCAGCUGGUGUUAAACUUAACUCUUUUUUUUCAAGGUCAGACUGCCGUACAUGUGCAUGUGUUCUCCUGUGGACUAUUCUGUUCAGUGCAUGCUGCAUGACACAAGCACACAACUGUAAUACUUGAUUGCAUGGUAUACCGGCGUUGUCGCCCUGUACUGUGUUUUCUU